CCCGCCCAUCCCCUCCUCCGCCGCAUCUUAGCGCUGUCCACGGUGCUGACCGCCAAUCCCCUGGUUGCCGUUCCGAACAGCUGGGAUCUCUGGUGUGCCCAACCUCCCCUCCCGGCCUCCCACCUUUCUUUCUCCAGGCACCGCACACAUAAAUCACGGGUGGGAGGCAGGCUUGGUUCCCGUUUGGUCCCCCCUGCACUGGGAAGCUGCCGCCCCCCUUCCCUUGCUCACACAGGGCUUUGCAGUAGUGGUGGCAGCGGCGGCAGAAUCCGGCUCUGGGGAAGCAAUUGAUUCGUCUACUGCCAGCAGCCAAGAGUUGCCUACGCGGACUGGAAAGAAAGAAGAGAAAGAGAGAGAGAGAGAGGGAGAGAGAGAGAGAGAGAGAGAGAGAGAGAGAGAGAGAGGCUCACAGAGCGAAAACCUUCAUCCGUGUGGAGGACAGUCUGAGGGAGCCACUGUCCCUGUCCACUGACUCACUGGCUGGUCCGAGUUUCCUCCGCUUCUAGCAGUGGCACCUCCGCUGAGCUUUUAAACCAAGUCAUUGGGACUUAGCGUCUUCCUAGCCGGCAGGGAAGGGAGGAGUUGGCAAGAAUUUGGCUCACCCGUUCCCCCUGCAAUCCUCCGGUACGGAGCACUAGACGUCUGCCAUGACUGACACCGUGUUCAGCAACAGUUCUAGCCGUUGGAUGUACCCCAGUGACCGGCCCCUUCCAUCAAAUGAUAAAGAACAGCUCCAGGCAGGCUGGUCUGUCCAUCCCAGUGGUCAGUCUGACAGGCAGAGGAAGCAGGAAGAACUGACCGAUGAGGAGAAAGAAAUCAUCAACAGGGUGAUCGCUCGAGCUGAGAAAAUGGAAGAGAUGGAGCAGGAGCGAAUCGGGCGCCUGGUGGACCGCCUGGAAAACAUGAGGAAGAACGUGGCUGGGGAUGGGGUGAACCGCUGCAUACUGUGUGGAGAACAGCUGGGGAUGCUGGGCUCUGCCUGCGUAGUAUGUGAGGACUGUAAAAAGAACGUCUGCACCAAGUGUGGAGUGGAGACCAACAACCGCCUGCAUUCUGUGUGGCUCUGCAAAAUCUGCAUCGAGCAGAGGGAGGUAUGGAAGCGUUCUGGAGCAUGGUUCUUCAAAGGCUUCCCCAAACAGGUCCUCCCACAGCCUAUGCCUAUAAAGAAGACCAAGCCCCAGGAGCCUGCCAGUGAGCCUGCUGCCCCUGAGCAGCCUGCUCCUGAGCCCAGGCACCCUGCCCGGGCUCCAACUCGAGGUGACAGUGAGGAUAGGAGGGGCCAAGGUCAGAAGACAGGCCCCGAUGCAGCCUCUGCUCCAGGGCGAGGAAGCUAUGGGCCUCCUGUGCGCAGGGCCUCCGAGGCACGAAUGAGCACAUCUAGCCGGGAUUCAGAGAGCUGGGACCACAGCGGUAGUGCUGGAGACUCCAGCCGGAGCCCAGCAGGUUUGAGACGGGCCAACUCAGUCCAGGCCUCCAGACCUGCCCCAGGCUCGGUGCAGAGCCCAGCACCACUUCAGCCUGGGCAGCCAGGGACCCCAGGAGGCAGCAGACCGGGUCCUGGGCCAGCAGGACGCUUUCCAGAUCAGAAGCCAGAGGUGGCUCCGAGUGACCCUGGGACCACUGCCCUACCCCGAGAGGAGAGAACUGGGGGAGUUGGGGGCUACCCAGCAGUUGGAGCCAGAGAGGACCGAGGGAGCCACCCCUCCCGGCCCUAUUCCCAAGCAUCUGCAGCUGCCCCCCAGCCUGCUGCAGCCCGCCAGCCACCACCCCCAGAGGAGGAGGAGGAGGAAGCCAACAGCUACGAUUCAGAUGAAGCAACCACCCUGGGUACCCUGGAAUUCAGCCUUCUCUACGACCAAGACAAUAGUUCCCUGCAGUGCACCAUCAUUAAAGCCAAGGGCCUGAAGCCCAUGGAUUCAAACGGCUUGGCUGAUCCCUACGUUAAGCUGCACCUCCUGCCAGGAGCCAGCAAGUCCAACAAGCUUCGUACAAAAACUCUGCGGAAUACUCGGAACCCUGUCUGGAAUGAGACUCUCGUCUAUCACGGCAUCACCGAUGAGGACAUGCAGAGGAAGACCCUCAGGAUCUCUGUUUGUGAUGAGGACAAAUUUGGCCACAAUGAAUUUAUUGGGGAGACCAGAUUCUCCCUCAAGAAACUGAAGCCCAACCAGAGGAAGAAUUUCAACAUCUGCCUGGAGCGAGUGAUUCCUAUGAAACGCGCCGGGACCACUGGAUCAGCCCGAGGCAUGGCCCUUUAUGAGGAGGAGCAGGUGGAGCGUAUUGGUGACAUUGAAGAGCGUGGCAAGAUCCUGGUCUCCCUCAUGUACAGCACACAGCAGGGAGGCCUCAUUGUGGGCAUCAUACGCUGCGUGCACCUGGCUGCCAUGGACGCCAAUGGCUACUCAGACCCAUUCGUCAAGCUCUGGCUGAAACCGGACAUGGGAAAGAAGGCCAAACACAAGACUCAAAUUAAAAAGAAAACCUUGAAUCCCGAAUUUAAUGAGGAGUUUUUCUAUGACAUCAAACAUAGUGACCUGGCAAAGAAGUCACUGGACAUCUCGGUCUGGGACUAUGACAUCGGCAAGUCCAAUGAUUACAUCGGAGGCUGCCAGCUGGGGAUCUCGGCCAAGGGAGAGCGCUUAAAACACUGGUACGAGUGUCUGAAAAAUAAAGACAAGAAGAUCGAGCGCUGGCACCAGCUACAGAAUGAGAACCAUGUGUCAAGCGAUUAGGCUAGUGCCCAGGUCCCCAACUCCAUGUCCUGCCCCAUGCCCAGUUCCCCCCCCAAGUCUGCCCCAGCUGCCCACCGCACCCUGGUCUCUCUUCUCUAUGCCUACCUCCCUCCAUCCCCUGCUGCUCUCCCUGAGCCUGCCUUUGAGCCCCCGUCAUGUUGGGCACUGCUGCCAAAGACUCCCUCCUCCCUGAUGCUGGGAUGCGGGCUCUGAAUACAGCUCCUCUCUGGUCCCUGGGAUGGAGCAGUGGGGAUGGGGAUGGGGAGAUGUUUACAAAGAGGUUGCUCAUUUAAUAACCCCUUAGUUUGGGUAAAUUACAAAGGUUCAUCAUUUAGGACUUUUUAGACCCUCCUGGCCUUGCACACGCACACGCACACACACACACACACCCUUUCAUUCCCUGUGUCGUGUCUCUGUGUACCCUCAGUUGUCAGCAGACCCGGACAAUGCUGUGAGGACAAGCAUUGGGGCAGAAACAGAGGCUCCAGGCUCCCACUGCCCCCUGAGACACACACCCUGAUUGCCGGGAAAACGGACCACUGUGUUCGGGGACACCCCCUCCCCCGGCCAGUUUCAAGUGCACCGAGACACAAAGGCACAGAAUUCACCGAGGGGCCUGAACACUCUCCUCUUUCUGAAUGUCACCUGCGUGCUUCCUAGCAAAACAAAAACAACAGCAAAAAACCCUUCCUCUGUCACCUUUUCUCCUCCUCCCUCUUCUUUCCCUAACUUUCAUCACAGUAGAUUCUCCCUUUCUCAGCCUCUCCCCUCUUCUUUCUCUCCCUGCCUCUCUCCCCUUUGCCUUUCUCUCUCUCUCUCUCUCAAGCAGUAACACAGCAAAAAAGUAUAUCUUAACCCAGCCUAACCUCUUCACCUCCUGCCACCAGCCUGACCAGGAAACUGAGAAACUGGCCCAAACCUGAGGUUCCAUUUGGGCCCAUGCUUUUUAAGUGGCCCACUUCUGUUGGCAGAGCCAAACGUUCCCAGGCCUCGGGCCAGUGGCUGGCACUGCUCUGGGUGCACGGCAGCAUCCCUCGAGCUGUGUAGAUGCCCAUAGAGGGGCUCUCUCAUCCACAGGCUCCCCAGGUGGGCACAGGAGGCAUUUAGAAGACCAGGGCAUAUGGGUCUGAAGGAGCCUCAUCCAAAGCCUCCAGCCUUUCUCCUUUCUCUGCUCGUAUGUAGAUGACACGCUACGCCCCUCCCCCGAUGCUCUUUGACCCCGUUUCAUCGACUGUCUUGCAUCCUGUCUCUUACUCAAAACCACCUCCCGUCUUUCUCUCUUCGUCUGUCUCUCUGUCCCCUUCACAGUCUUUCCUGAGCUUCCUGGGAGAAUCAAAUAACAUCAUGGCUAUGAAACAGUAGAGUGACAGGCUCUGACGUCAGAGGCUUUGGGUUCAUCAUCAAUCUUUUACUAACUAAAAAAAAAAUUAUUUUACAAAGGGGUAAAAGGCAAUGUGGGCAAACAUUACAAAUUUGAGGUUGAAGUCAGGCAGUCUUCAGUGCCCCGUGAGAAAGGUUUGAUUUUUCCCAAUUUCGAUGAAGUCUUCCCUCAUGAAAACCACCCCAAGUCAUCCCAACCCCCCAACAUUCUCUACAGAAGCAUCAGACAGAUACUCAUGCCAAAUCACAUCUCUUAACUUUUCAAUGCCCUCCACCCUCAGCUCCCUGCACAAUUCAUGGGAGGACUCAUUUCUUGCCUUGAAUAACCAUCUUCUAAACAUCAAGCUUUUCAUCUUCCCCAAGGUGACCAACCGCUUCCUGGCCGCCAUCUUUCCUUUUGACCCUGUCUUUCCCCAUUAGUCCCUGGUGGCACCUACCCUCAGCCCACCUCCCUCCCACAGUUUCCCCUUAGGAGGCAGCAUGCUGGCUGUGUCGCCCAAGCCUGAUGCUGGUGUAGGCGCUGAAAUCAGCAUGCAGCAAGCUCACGGUGCCCCUCGUCUGGGUGCACGCUCUCCCCGACAAAUGUAACCGCCUCCCCUCCUAGAAUACACUCACAUCCUCCGGUGCAUGCACGUCCACCCAGCAUCUUUCUUUGUGGUGAUGUAGCCAAAAAUAAAGUAGAGACAUCCAGGAAAA